GUUGAUUUUACAAACAACUGCUGCGAUUUUUCAAAUUAUCAAUAACACGAUGUACGAUUUGAGGUUUUUGGAGUCAGAAUAGUGUAUAUACUUACUUUAAAAUUCAAUUCUUGAAUUGAAUCUUUCAUGAAUUUCUAAGUAUGGCAGGAAUGAAUGGAAUUCAAAAUCAAUCUUCGCAAGACGAUGAGGAAAGGAGAAGCUGCAACUCUACGGAAGGCCAUUGUUUAGAGGAGCCAAGGAAGCGAAGGGGGCGACCUGUGGGUUCUAAAAACAAGGCCAAAGUCCCAGAUAUUGAAGGUGGAGACUCGGUUUUUACUCUCGAGUUAGUAAAAGGAGAUAACGUAAUUCAUUGUUUGAAUGAGUUAAGCAACAGUAAACACGUUGGAAUCUCCAUUUUUAAAGUCCGUGGAAUAGUAAAAAACGUCAAAAUCCAGCGUUGUACUGAAGGAGGGAUUCCACAACCCCCCAUGAUUUUGGAAGGAAGCUUUGAGUUGAAAAAGCUGUCUGGUUCUUUUGUGCCUUCCGUCUGGAAUUUUAGUCCUGACACUUUGUCAGCAAUUCUGGUAGGUCGUCAAGGGGAGGUCAGAGGAGACAUUGUUGGAGACAAUCUGUGGGCAGCUGGUCCACUUACUGUUCUAAUAACAUUCAAAGUUCUUCGUCCACCUCAGGCAACUGUGCACAAUGGUAAUGGCAUUGGUGAGGGCAUCAUGUUAUCUUCUCCUCCUUCUUCUUCUGCUGCUGCUCAAUGCAUUCGUCAACCAAAUCAGAACAAUGUGUUUUCUUCGACUCGUUGUCCUCUUCCACCACCACCACCAGUGCACCUUGGUAAAGAUUCUUCAACUCCUAGUCCUCUUCCACCAAAUCACAACAAUGCGUUUGCUACAGGUUCUUCAACUCCUGGUCCUCUUCCACCACUUAUACCACCUCAGGCGAAUGUGCACAAUGAAUUCAAUGGGUUUCCGCAGGCAAGUGUGCACAAUGAAUUCAAUGGGUUUCCUCAGGCAAGUGUGCACAAUAAAUACAAUGGGUUUGCUUCAACUCCUCUUCAGGCAAGUGUGCACAUGAAUGAACACAAUGGGUUUCCUUCAACUAAUGUGCACACUGAAUACCCAUCUUGUACACCUCCUCCUCACCACGUCCCAGCAAGGAUGAGCAAUGAAUACCCUCCAUCGGCACCACCUGGGUCAGUACCCGAUUUUUCAAAUUUUUCUUCUGAUUUUCAAGGUGUUUCUACCUCUGUACCGUGGUCCAACAAUCCAGAUAAUGGUGGUCACUACUCUGUGCCCUAGGAAGAUGUUGGAAUCGUUUGUCGUUGUAUCAAAAGUUACAAACAUCAGACUUAACCCAGAUCCACAGGAAGCUUACUGCCAUGUCAUGAAUCUCGAAGUCAGUGUCGGAAGCCUCACUGCCAAGGAGGCAGCUUACUGCCAACAGAGGAUUAGGGGCUUUAAAAGGACAGAGAGUUGGAACAUAUACACUUUUCUUUCUUGUGGUGACUUGUUAAUAGUUUUAGAGCUAGUUAGUAUAGUUUGUUGAUACUUUUGUGGUGACUGGUUAUAGUUUAAGAACUAGUAAGUAUAGUUUCUUGAUAUUUUUUCAAUUGAUUUUAAUGUUGCUGUUGUA